UUUCUUUUCUUCUCUUUUAUUUUUUGACAUUUUGCAAUUGGGCCAUUUCUGGCAAAUUCCUCGAACUUUGGGGACUAGCUAACUGGAAAAGACUCCCAGCUAGCUACGCCCAGUCGCCCAGCUUUCUUCUUGUUCUUCUUCUUCUCGAUCGCCGGCCAGAGCCUAGGGUUCCGACCCCCAUUUUUCCAAUCUGAGGUGUCCGUAGGAGUUUGUUACUAAAGGUAGAACUUGGCUUCAAGUUCUAUCUUAAGAAUAUUGUUCAAAGAUGGGGCGUCUGAAGUUGCAGUCUGGAAUUAAGGCAAUUGAAGAGGAGCCUGAGGACUGUGACAGCUACUCUAAUAAAGCUACUUUAGCAUGCAUGAUUAACUCAGAAAUCGGAGCUGUAUUAGCAGUUAUGAGGAGAAAUGUAAGAUGGGGUGGGCGAUAUAUGUCUGGUGACGAUCAGCUGGAACACUCCCUAAUUCAGUCUUUGAAGGUGUUACGCAAGCAGAUUUUUACAUGGCAGCAUCACUGGCAUACCAUCAACCCUGCUGUGUAUCUUCAACCAUUUCUGGAUGUGAUUCGAUCAGACGAAACUGGUGCUCCAAUCACUGGUGUUGCUUUAUCGUCCGUUUACAAGAUCUUAACACUUGAUGUUAUUGAUCAAAAUACUGUAAAUGUUGAAGAUGCAAUGCACUUGUUAGUUGACGCUGUCACUAGCUGCAGAUUUGAGGUGACUGAUCCAUCUUCAGAAGAGGUAGUUCUAAUGAAGAUACUACAAGUUCUUUUGGCAUGCAUGAAGAGUAAAGCAUCUGUGAUGCUGAGUAAUCAAGAUGUUUGCACUAUAGUGAAUACAUGUUUCCGUAUAGUCCACCAAGCAGGGUCAAAAGGUGAGUUAUUGCAACGGAUGGCUCGGCACACCAUGCAUGAACUUGUUAGGUGUAUUUUCUCACACCUUCCUGACGUUGGCAACUCAGAAAGUGCGUUGGUAAAUGGAAUUGAUACUAUCAAUCGAGAGAGCUCUGGUUUGAACAAUGAAUAUGCAUUUGGAAGUAGGCAAUUGGAGAAUGGUAACACAACAUCUGACUAUGAUGGUCAAGCACUAUCCACAAAUCUUACGUCCAAUGCUUCUGUAGGUCCAGGAGGAAUGGAUGAAGAUGCAAUUGGAACUGGGAAGGAUACUGUUCCAUAUGACCUGCGUCUGAUGACUGAGCCAUACGGAGUACCCUGCAUGGUGGAAAUAUUUCACUUCUUGUGCUCUUUGCUAAAUGUUGUUGAGCAGGUGGGAAUGGGUCCCAAAUCAAAUACGAUAGCAUUUGAUGAAGACGUGCCUCUUUUUGCCUUGGGUUUGAUUAAUUCUGCUAUAGAGUUGGGUGGUCCCUCCAUUCGCUAUCACCCUAGAUUAUUAAGUUUAAUUCAGGAUGAAUUGUUUCGGAAUCUGAUGCAGUUUGGUCUGUCAAUGAGUCCGCUUAUUCUUUCUAUGGUAUGCAGCAUUGUUCUUAAUCUGUACCAUCAUCUGCGCACCGAACUAAAAUUACAGCUUGAGGCUUUCUUUUCUUGUGUGAUUUUGAGGCUCUCACAAAGCAGAUAUGGUGCAUCUUACCAGCAACAGGAGGUAGCUAUGGAGGCUCUUGUUGACUUCUGCCGGCAAAAAACAUUUAUGGUGGAGAUGUAUGCUAACUUAGAUUGUGACAUUACUUGCAGUAACGUCUUUGAAGACCUUGCUAAUCUAUUGUCGAAGAGUGCUUUUCCUGUUAAUUGCCCCUUAUCAUCAAUGCACAUUCUUGCUUUGGAUGGUCUUAUUGCUGUUAUUCAGGGAAUGGCUGAGAGGGUAGGGAAUGGUUCGGUUGGUUCAGAGCAUACUCCAGUGACUCUUGAUGAAUAUACUCCAUUCUGGAUGGUGAAGUGUGAUAACUAUAGUGAUCCUAGUUAUUGGGUUCCAUUUGUUCGCCGUAGGAAAUACAUCAAGAGAAGAUUGAUGAUUGGAGCUGAUCACUUUAAUCGUGAUCCAAAGAAAGGGCUAGAAUUCCUCCAAGGAACACAUCUCUUGCCUGACAAACUUGAUCCUCAAAGUGUGGCCUGCUUUUUUAGGUACACUGCUGGAUUGGAUAAGAAUCUAGUAGGGGAUUUUCUGGGGAAUCACGAUGAGUUUUGUGUUCAGGUUCUUCAUGAAUUUGCUGGUACUUUUGAUUUCCAAGACAUGCAUUUGGACACUGCAUUGAGACUGUUUUUGGAAACAUUUAGACUGCCCGGGGAGUCUCAAAAGAUACAAAGAGUGCUUGAGGCAUUUUCAGAAAGAUACUAUGAGCAGUCACCAGAAAUUCUAGCAAACAAGGAUGCCGCUCUCUUGUUAUCAUACUCGCUCAUCAUGCUUAACACAGAUCAGCACAAUGUACAGGUGAAGAAAAAGAUGACAGAAGAGGACUUCAUCCGUAAUAAUCGGCACAUAAAUGGAGGCAAUGACCUGCCUCGAGAAUUCCUCUCAGAGCUCUAUCACUCAAUAUGCAAGAAUGAGAUUCGCACAACCCCUGAACAAGGUGCUGGUUUUCCUGAAAUGACACCAAGCCGAUGGAUCGAUCUAAUGCACAAAUCAAGGAAAGCUGCUCCAUUCAUAGUAUCAGAUUCUAGAGCCUACCUUGACCAUGAUAUGUUUGCUAUAAUGUCCGGACCAACAAUUGCUGCUAUUUCUGUGGUAUUUGAUCAUGCAGAGCACGAAGAGGUUUACCAAACAUGCAUUGAUGGAUUCCUAGCCGUUGCAAAGAUCUCAGCGUGCCAUCAUCUUGAAGACGUACUUGAUGAUCUUGUUGUGUCUUUGUGUAAGUUCACAACAUUGCUGAACCCUUCAUCUGUUGAGGAGCCAGUGCUGGCAUUUGGUGAUGACACGAAAGCUAGAAUGGCAACUGUGACCGUCUUCACUAUUGCCAACAGGUAUGGGGAUUACAUUCGCACAGGUUGGAGAAAUAUUCUGGACUGCAUCCUACGGUUGCACAAACUUGGUCUUCUUCCAGCCCGUGUGGCUAGUGAUGCAGCUGAUGAGUCAGAGCUCUCUGCUGACACUGGGCAUGGGAAACCUCUUACAAAUUCUCUAUCUUCUGCUCAUAUGCCCCCCAUGGGUACUCCUAGGCGAUCCUCGGGAUUGAUGGGCCGAUUUAGUCAGUUAUUAUCCCUUGACACGGAGGAGCCAAGGUCACAACCUACUGAGCAACAACUAGCUGCUCAUCAGCGCACCCUUCAGACAAUUCAGAAGUGCCACAUUGACAGCAUAUUUACUGAGAGCAAGUUUCUGCAAGCUGACUCUUUAUUACAGCUUGCAAAGGCACUCAUAUGGGCGGCUGGGCGGCCUCAGAAAGUGGGCAGCUCUCCCGAGGAUGAAGACACUGCAGUUUUCUGCCUGGAGUUGCUAAUUGCAAUUACUCUGAAUAAUAGGGACAGGAUCGUGCUUCUUUGGCAGGGUGUCUAUGAGCACAUAGCCGGCAUUGUUCAGUCAACUGUCAUGCCAUGUGCCCUGGUGGAUAAGGCUGUUUUUGGGCUCCUCCGUAUUUGUCAGCGGCUGCUUCCUUACAAAGAGAAUCUUGCCGAUGAACUUUUGAGGUCAUUGCAACUAGUUCUAAAACUCGAUGCCCGGGUUGCUGAUGCAUACUGUGAACAAAUUACUCAGGAAGUCAGUCGCCUAGUUAAAGCAAAUGCCCCUCACAUCAGAUCACAAUUAGGAUGGCGCACCAUUACAUCCCUACUUUCUCACACUGCUCGACAUCCAGAUGCCUCAGAGGCUGGAUUUGAUGCGUUAUUGUUUAUUAUGUCUGAUGGGGCUCACUUGUUGCCAGCCAACUACGUUCUAUGUGUGGAUGCAUCAAGGCAGUUUGCAGAGUCACGUGUUGGACAGGCAGAGCGUUCAGUUCGUGCACUGGAUCUAAUGACGGGUUCUGUUGAUUGUCUUGCGCGUUGGGCCUCCGAGGCUAAGGAAGCAAUGGGAGAGGAGGAGGCUGUGAGGAUGUCUCAGGAUAUUGGGGAAAUGUGGUUGCGACUUGUUCAGGGAUUAAGAAAAGUUUGUUUGGACCAGAGAGAAGAGGUUAGGAAUCACGCUUUGUUGUCGUUGCAAAAGUGCUUGACAACAGGAGUGGAUGGGAUACAUCUUCCUCAUGGACUGUGGUUAGAGUGCUUUGAUAUGGUGAUCUUCACGAUGCUCGACGACUUGCUUGAAAUUGCUCAAGGGCACUCUCAAAAAGACUAUCGGAAUAUGGAAGGCACACUAAUACUUGCCAUGAAGCUCCUCCCAAAGGUGUUUCUCCAGUUGCUUCCGGACUUAUCUCAGUUAACAACCUUCUGCAAAUUAUGGCUCGGUGUUCUCAGCCGAAUGGAAAAGUAUAUAAAGGUGAAAGUUAGAGGUAAGAAGAGCGAGAAGCUUCAGGAGCUCGUUCCAGAGCUGCUUAAGAACACUUUGCUUGUCAUGAAGACAAGGGGAGUGCUUGUGCAGAGAAGCGCGUUAGGCGGAGACAGCUUGUGGGAGCUGACAUGGUUACAUGUGAAUAACAUUGCCCCAUCCUUGCAAGCUGAGGUUUUCCCUGAUCAAAGUUUAGAAGAGCCAUCACACGGUGACGAAGUAGGAGGAGAUUUAGUACCUGAUGAAACAGACCGAGUACCUUCAGCCAAUACUACAUCGCCUGAAGGUCCUGCCGGUGGAGGUUUGGAUGUUGUAUAAUAUUAUAAUUGGUGAUUUUGAAGUACUGGUCUUGUUAAUGCGUGUCCAUAACCAAACGUGAUCGAGAGAAUUGAGUUAUUAGUUUUUGAGGUAGCCCACUUGUUCACUCCACAAGUUUACAAAAGGCUUAUUCAUACAUAUUUUUUCCCCUUUGCUUGGAGGCUUAUUGACACCGUUAUAGCAGUUAAAAGUAUGAGUACUGGCGUUUAUAUAUGGCAUACAAAUUGAAUUCCACCUAAUUAAUGGACAACCA